AUGAUUUUCGACUUGGAUCCAAAGUACCAAUUCAAGUCCACCACGGACUUGAAAAAAGUCAAGGAGAUCUUUACCAUGUGUGGCUCGGAAUGGAGCGGCCCGCUUGGCGCAGACGAGUUUGCCAACAUCUUUACUUCUUCAUUCGUGCAAGUCCAGCAAGAAGGGGUCAGGAUCAUCCCCUACUACAUCGAGGACACCAGCAACGGCAAAGUUGUUGCCUCCACUCUUGUGACUUUCCAAAAGUCGCUUUACAAGCCUGCGGACAGGUCACACUUCAUAUCGUCCGUCCCCGAUCCGAACUUGUUUGGUGUCAAGAAUGUGGUGUCGUUGUUGGUUAGCUUUGUUUUCACCAACAAGGAGUACAGGAAACAGGGCUUGGCAGGAGCAUGCGUGUCACGAGCAAUAAGGAGCACCGAAGAUGCAAUCAUUGAUGAGAAAAUCGAAAAGAGCAUCGACUCGCACGAUGGAAACUUCAAGAAAAUGACUCUCAAUGACUCGACUGGCCACAUGGACAAAAGUUUGGCCGACUACUACCUUGGCAAAGAGUACGUGUGGGUGUUGUAUUCCGGGGUCAACACAUAUUACGAGCGGUUUGGCUUCAAGAGUUACCCAUUGGACUUUUACCAAAUCCCCACCUCGUCCUUGUCCGAGGGGCAAUUGUCGAUGUUGUCGCACUUGACCAAGGACCUGGAGCAGCAAGCCACGCCCGACAGCAACUCGCCUAAAGUGGGCAAGAGAAUCAGGUUUCUAGAUUGGGACAGCAACAAGGACAAGGAGUUGAUUGAGUUUAUAUUGCAGACCAAGGAAUUGGAAAUCUUGUCUGAACUCAAUAAACUCGUCUACCACACCGAGUUGCAAAGCAGCCACAGAAGCGCCACGUCGUUGACCAACAUGAGCAGCAUUUUGGCAAUGUCAAAACUUGGAUCGGGAACCGCGUUGUCUUCGCUCACGGAGCUGAAACCCAAGGACGAAGGCCAAUCGUCUACCUUGGACCCCUCGAGAAGAAAGUCCUCGGCCUUGAACCAAACCACUCCGAAAUUUGCCGUGAAACCGUCAUUUGACCAUUUUAAGAGAAGAGCAAUCGAGAGUCAACAGUUUGCCAGGACAGAAACCGCUAAAAAAUACAGCAAGUUGCAAGGGGCAAUUCUCACCAACGACUUGCAACAACGGUCCUACUACAUUUUGUGGAACGUGUUAAAGGGCCUGUUUUUCAUCACCGGUAUGGGAGAGAUACUGUACGAAGGCAUUCUUGGAGCUCCGCGCCGGAGAGACUCGUCGCUAACUGGAUUGAACGAGCUUGGAGGCUACAACUUCCAGGACUUGGACCUCUUGAUCAGCGCAGCCGUGGUGAAUGCCCAGAACCGAGGUCCAAACUUCAACAAUGUCUUUGUCGCCACCACCGACUUACCCAGCGAGAUCCCCGCCCAGGUACUCUACGAUUUUUUCCUAAACUACUUGCCCUUUUCGUCGUAUGCCGCCGCCGAGCACCGCGAGCAAAAGCAAACUGAAAGAGAAAAAGGAGAAGAGCAGCACAAGAUUGAAUUGAUCGCCAACGGCGCGCAAAAAGUUGGGGUCCUACCAAUGGUGCGUCAGUUUGGAAGUGAUAGUAUUGAAUUUGAAUUGGACUGGUUGGACAACGGAAUGUGGUGUUGGGGCUGA